AUGGCUGCCGUUGCUUCACAAUUCGCCUCCACUGCCGUUCUCGAGAGGGGCCAGUUGCGCGAGACAGAAAGGCGAUCUUCUUCCGUAGCUGUUUCCUUCAAUGGCCUCAGACGUGAGUCCACGACAGCACUACCAUCCCGAUCAAACCGCAUCGUCCGCCGCCAUUCACGGUACUCAGUCGCACGUGCAGCAGAGAGCAGUGAUUCCUCUGGUCCGUCAGCUGCUCCACUCGCUACAGUCACACAGUCCUCCUCUACUCCGGACCUGUCUUCCGCCACUGCCGCUUUGGACCGCCUCAGAACAAAUCUCGUUUCAUUCACACAGUCCACCUCCACUCCUGAAGUGUCUGCCGCCAUUGACGCUGCUAAGCCUUACGCUCCAUCCGUCCUAGGCGCCGGAGUGCUCGGUGUUGCGUCUUAUUUAAUAGUCAGAAAGCUCACGUCCAGUUCUGCUAAAGCGGAAGCGGGAGCAGAAGCUGAAGCAGCUCCUCCUGGCGGCAUCGUGCCACGUGCCAAAAAGGCUGCAACAACUGCGCUAGCGGCGAUGGCGGCGACUUUCCCGCGGGCCAUGCAGGAGGAGGCUUUCAUGAAGUCCGUGAGCCAAGAGCUCAGCAAGCUGGGCUUCAAAAGAGACAACUGCAUUGCGCUGGUGUCGACGUGCCGGGACGAGGUGUGCCGGCCGGUGGUGAGCCUGGUGGACCAGGAAUUCGGGCUGUCGUUCAACAUCGCGGGGCUGGGCGGCGUGCUCAACUGCGGCUCCACGGGAUUUAAGGCCGCAAUGUCGCACUCGCCAGAGUUUCGCUGCGAGACUGAUGGGACUGUCAAGGAGAGAUACAUCUUCUUCGCCUUCCCUCACGUGUCAAUCGGAGAGUCGGGAGAGGUGGGAUCACUUCUGCGGCGCGGCCGAGGCAAGCCCUCCAGCGCAUGUGGAGCGCUGAUCGCCAUUCAGAACGACAUCAACGCGGGCAAGGCGACAGUGUCGGAUCCGUAUGACGAGGAAUAUGUGCUGCUGAAGAAGAAAGUCAAGUCACUGAUUCUACGGCGGGGAGGUUCGGAGUAUUCAUUGGUGGAGGUGACUCGUGCUGCGCUGGCAGCCAUCAAUGAUGACUUGGAAAAGCUUAUCUCCCUCACUGUCGACCCAGCCACUGCUGACUAUGCUGUAAUCACAGGCGUGCAGAUUCACUCAGGCAACCAGAUUCCUGGAGAGCCAUUCCGCAUCGAGCGCACUUGUGAUUAUAUUGCUCCUGAUAUGAUGUAUGCAGUUGUAAGAGGGCAACGGUAUGACCUGCAGCUGGAAGCCAAUAAGGAGGACUUGGCAGUCCACUCUAGUUAG